AUUCAAAAUCCUAUUUCAAGUAAUGCUUUUGAUAACCGUUCUAAACGUUUCCUCUCAACAAUUUAUUUCUUCCGUUCCGUUACUAACUUACUUUGACGGGUCAUAUUGUAAAGAAGUUCUCUUCUUAUCUUGUUCCUUUAUAUAUUUUUUUCUUGAUAAACAAUAAUUGUGGUUGUGCAGUGAUAAUAACCUUGAAACCAGUUGAAUUCCGCCUUAUACCGCCUUCUUUUUUUUUGGCCAUUGCCUAUCACGAAUCAUUUCUUCUGUAUCAAAUAUGGAGGUUAGAACACAAAACUGCAACGUUGACGACUAUGCUGCGAAGUUAUUCAAAGUGUAUUCGGACACAGUUUUUGCUGAUGACUACGAAGGUCUUUUAAAGUUUUACGAUGACAGUGCUGUUUUGAUUGAACGCGGAAAGGGAAGUUUUUAUGGCGUCGAUUCAAUUAUUGGCGCAAUCAAAGCUUAUCACGCAGGAUUGGGACCUGGAACCACAAAGGUGUCUUCUCAGAACUCCGAAUUCAAAGUUGAACAUACUGACAAUGUGAUCACGAUUCGAUGCAAAUACCGCGUGCAGUCCGUUUUGGCUCACGAGACCUGGGAGGGCGAAUACAUUCAAUAUUGGAGAAGUGAAAUUGGGCAAAUGCCAAAGAUUAUUCGCGACGAAUUCAGCAUUGACAAGAAAUAUUAAAUUACUAAAUUUCGUUCAAUUGUCUAGUUUUUUCUUACUUUUGUGACCAGCCACCAACUUACUUUUGUGACCAGCCACCAACUUACUUUUGUGACCAGCCACCAACUUACUUUUGUGACCAGCCACCAACUUACUUUUGUGACCAGCCACCAACUUACUUUUGUGACCAGCCACCAACUUACUUUUGUGACCAGCCACCAACUUACUUUUGUGACCAGCCACCCACGCAUUGUAGUUUCUUUGCUCAAACACUUGUCUGUAUUGCAAAACUUCUGUAAACUUGAAAUCAAACUUUGAACUUAUCUCUGAAUGAAGUGGUCUAAACUGUCAA